AUGGCUCCUGUGCAAAACUAUGAAUACAACUUCCCAUACAUCCCUCCAACACCACCUCAUACUUCUUCAUCCCCUCCGAAGGUGCCAUCGUCCUAUAAUCCUCCAUUCUCUCCAAAAGUGGCACCACCUUAUCAACCCGUUACACCACCACCCCAUUCUUCAAUUCCACCACCUCCAGCAGCAAAACCACCAAGUCACUUAAUUCCACCCCCACCACCACAUCCCAUCUAUCCUCCACCACCACAUAUUGUUCCAACUCCACCCCCACCUGGACACCAUACGGCAAUCAUAAUUGUAUUUGUCUCAAUUGGUGGCCUAUUCUUUCUCGCAUUCCUUUCAGUUGUUAUAUGCUGCAUAAUUAAGAAGAGAAAGAAGAAAAUGGUUCAGGAAACUGAUAUAGUGAAAAUUGAUGAACAUAUGAAAGUCCAGGAAGCUAUCAUACCUGGUCCACAUGGCACACAAACCGUUAUACUAUCCAUUGAUGAAGAUGUGCACAUUCAGGAAGAGAUUAAGAAGAAUGAGACAGUAGUAGGCAAGGGGUCACACCUGGCAAAAGAUCAUCCAGGAGGUCUGGCUAUGGAAGCAUCCACGUCUGAGUCUAGUCAUCACCACCAUCAUCCUGAACAUAAGGGCAGAUUGAAGUUAUAA